AUGUUUCUUCAAGCUUUGAAGGUUGCUGUUCCAAGAACUACCCGUUCUUUUGCCUCAACUCGUGUUACUGCCAAUGCUAUCCAAGAUCUGUACCUAAGAGAGAUCAAGAACGUCAAACUGCAGCCACUGAGUGCCAAGGACGCUGAGGCGAACGUCAAGCCAUGGAGCGCCCCAAAGGCUCCCCAGGUGCCUGAUUUGGAGGGCCAGGGCCCAGAGGCUUUGAAGGCGUACGCUGAAGAAGACGUGCAAGUCUCCAAAACCAAGGAAGAGUCUGCUGCCGAAUCUGAGGAGCAAGACUGGUUGGUUCUAGAGGAGAUCGAGGAGGAGACCCAUCAUUGA